GUCCAUCGAUACUUCAGAAGCUCAGAAGGUGCCAGGGUUUGUUUGCUUUCUCUCUGCUGAUGAUAUUCCGGGGAGUAACAAAACUGGAUUUUUUAAUGAUGAAACAGUCUUUGCGAAUGAUGAGGUGACUUGUGUUGGGCACAUCAUUGGUGCUGUGGUCACUGACACCCCAGAACAUGCACAGAGAGCUGCUCAAGCAAUGAAAAUCACCUAUGAAGAUCUACCAGCCAUUAUCACAAUCGAGGAUGCCAUAAAACACAACUCCUUUUAUGGAUCUGGGCGCAAGAUUGAGAAAGGAGACCUCCAGAAGGGCUUUGCAGAAGCAGAUAACAUUGUUUCAGGUACAGCUGCACCAGGCCACAGUGGGGAUGGGGUGGCCCUGGUUUGGGAAUGAAAUUCAAGAGCUGUCCCUUG